GAAAGUAGCAAUUUAAUCCAGAAUUCAAGAUGAACUCUUCUGGCAACACUAGUUAUGAUCACCUUAGUGAUAUGGAUAUUAUACAUUGGCUCAAUGGGAAGAAAACUGUCUUGUUAACACCGGCUAUAGCGUACACUAUUAUUCUGAUGGUCAUUGGUUUAUUGGGAAAUCCAAUAGCUAUCUAUAUCUAUGGUUGGCGAUGGCAGAAGACAACAACAAGAAAUUUCCUUUUAUGCAUAGCUGUUGUGGAUUUAGUGAAUUGUUUGAUAACUAUGCCCACAGAGGUUGCUGUUAUGUCAAAUUUUUAUUUCUUCGACAAUGCGCAUGUGUGCCGAAUGUCGCGGUUUGUAACGUACGUCAUGAACAACACGACGUCUUUUAUACUGGUAGUCGUAGCCGUAGAUCGUUACAUCCGUAUUUGUCGACCUCACAAACAACCCAUGUCUCCAUUCGGUGCUAUAAUUAGUUGUGGCGUAGCCAUGUUAAUCGGUGUUGCUGUGUCGUGGCCAGGAUUGGUUCUGUACGGCAGAGAGGAAGUUCCUUUACCAUGGCAUGGUGGAAGAAUCGUGCGCGGUGUGAUGUGUCUUGUAGAAAAUGAGUAUAUUCAUACGCCUUAUCCUUUUGCCUUCUUUAUAUAUUUAUGGGUUGGAGUGACCGUGACAUCGACUAUCAUUAUUACAAUGUAUAUUCUGAUAGGAAGGGAAAUCUUAAAACGAAAACGACUGAGACGCGAGAGAAAUCAGUCAACAGAAGCUAUCAUGAAAAAAUAUCGGAAUGCUUCCGCUAGUACAGAGCGCGAGGUCUUUCUACCCACAACGCCGACACUCCAGACACGAGCCCAAGCAAUGUUGAAUAGAGAAUGUGCAGAGAAUGCGGAUAAAUCGUCUACUGGUUCUGCCACUCCACCAAUGUCACCUAACCCAACUUCAGCGAACUCUCCCCUUUCAACAACACCAUCUGUAGGAAAUAAACGCUUUACCUUUCCGCGGGGUAAAUCAAUAGCUAAUGCCGUAUUCAGCAAGUCUAAGAUUCGAGGUGGGAGAUCUACGGUUAUGUUAUUUGCCAUUACUGUGAUGUAUGUUUUGAGUUUUCUACCCUUUUUGAUUGUCGUGACUAUACGAACAGCCAUUGGGGAAGAUUUUUAUCAACAACUUUCACCACAUAGAGAGAUUCUGGUAAAUAUAUUUGUCCGGUCGUACCUAAUUAACAAUUGUGCCAAUCCUAUAGUGUAUGGUUUGUGUAAUUCUCAAUUUAGGAAGGAGGUAAAGAAGGUAUUCACGUGCUGCUUUAAAAAGAAAGAGAAAUCAGGAGGUUCAAGUAAAGUUGGUGGUAGUAGUUUACAUGACAAGAGUGAACAAUGAACCAAACUUAAUAGCAAUACGUAGACACGUUGUUGUAUAUAAAAGUUCGUCAACACAGGCAGGCGCUUGGGUCGAAAAAGGGGCCUUUGCUGGGGCUGGCUCUCUUCGGCGUUAUUAAGAACGGAAUCCUAAUGUCAAAUUCUUGUUAGAUAGUGGAAAUGAAUUGGAGAGCCUUCAAAGGAUGCAUUCAAACUAGAAUGAAUAUAUAGAUGGCCAUUAGAACAUUAAAUGUGUUAUAUUAUUACACAGCGCUUAGGUAUUUGUAAACGGUGCACUGAUUAUUGAAACUCAAAACAGUUACCGAGAAGACAUAUAGAACUCUAUACCUCUUCAGUACAUGUUUCAUUUUCGGUUUGGUUUUGAAGUUACUGUAAUUGAAUAUACCAAUCGGAUGCGUCAUAACUCAAUGUAGACGUUAAUUCCUCAGCAACUAUAUCGUUCGAACAUUAUAUGUUCAUUAUGUGUUUACAUCUUGAUUGAUCUCAAACAUCAUUUAGUUUCUGUUAGAUGUUGAUCUCUUUGAUUCGUUUUAUGUGUUAUUAUAACCAUUUCCAUACGUACAUUAUAUAUAUUCAAAGGAUCAUUUGACUUUUUUUUUUAAACGAUAUUUUAUUCAUUGUACAUAAUAUGUUUACAAAUAUAAGUAAGGUUACGAAAACAAGCCGAGGCUUAUGCUAAUCCCUCACCAAUUUAAAAUUUACAAAAAUAAAGAAUGUAUAAAUGAAUAUUAUUAUAAAAUAGUUUAAUAUAUACCACUAUUAAUUAGUGACAGGGGUCGUCAUCACCAGGGAUUCUGUCCGUCUACAAACAAAGACUAUAAAUACAUAAUUUGAACCGGUGUGUUCGUUUUGCCGCAUUGCCCAACAUGCCGCAUCGUGCCCAACUGCACAAAAACGACUUGUAAAACGAAACUAAAUGUUUCUGAUAAAAUGCGGAAUGGCCAGUUUUUUCACAUGAAACGGAAUAUUUUAAUCUGUUUUAUUUAUAAUUUGGACCUGUUAGGGAAAUCGAACACCAUGCAGGGUGCGUUGAGGGAAAUUUUACCAGGACAGCGGCAUUAGCCUGCUCUUUUUCGAUUUCCAACUGUCGAGGGAUCUUUAACGUGCACAGCCUGUAGCCUCGGUUGAUUGUCCCAUCCGAACGACUAGACGCUUUUUCCAUGUCAGCCCCUCUAACCUGCAUCACUGACAGGGGGAAACCGGGUUGAAAUACCCGAAGGUAUUAUCUCGACCUAUGCCGGGAUUGAACCCUGGACCUUCAGGUUAAAAAUGAAAUGAAAUGAAUGGAGUUUUACGUCCUACUUUUCUGCAGGACCUUCAGGUUAGCGAGCAAGCGUCUAACUCACUGAGCCACCGCGGCUACCACACAAACAAUCAGAACCGUAAUACAAAAUACAU